GUUAGCCAAUGUCACCUAAAAUAUCGCGAUUGUCAUGUUAGCCAUGUCCGUACCGACUCCAUUUGCUAGACAUAUUCGAAAAAAUGUCACAUCAGAAAUAAAAGUGUCCAUUAUUUAUGAUGUGAGGUGGUCACAAAGGUGAAACAAACCUUCACUGUGAGAAACCCUUUCCUGAAUCCUGCCUGAUCAAUAAUAUUAUCUUCAAAUCAAACCCUAGCAACCAACAAUGGUGAAAUCAUCAUGUAGUAGUAUUGCACAGUAACAAACACUAUCACUAGUCCUCAUGCCACUCCAUCGUUAUCUCUCUUUCCACUCUAACCUUCACCGCCGGCAUCUUUCCCCUCUCUUUGCCCUAAUUCUCCACCCUACCGCCGGUAACCGCCACAACAACCCGCCGUUAUCUCAUUCUUAUCAUCAUUUACCUUCUUCUAACCAUCAUCAUCUUGUUCCGGACUUUUCUACGCGUUCGUUACGUCGCCAUGACUCUUUUCCGGCCACCGAUAUUUUGAAUGACGCUAAUUACCGUUACUCUAUUCACCGGUGUUAUAUUACUAGACCUAAAAAAAUUAAGAAGAUAGAGGUUGAUGAUCAUAGUCAGCGAGCGGUUUCGACAGCCCUAUGGUGCAACUUUCUUGUGUUUUCACUCAAGUUUGGGGUCUGGAUUGCUACCUCAAGCCAUGUUAUGUUAGCUGAAGUUGUGCAUUCGGUUGCGGAUUUUGCAAAUCAGGCGCUUCUUUUAUACGGUUUAAACAGUUCGAAACGUGCUCCCGAUGCUCUUCAUCCGUAUGGUUAUUCCAAAGAAAGAUUUGUAUGGUCAUUAAUAUCCGCUGUUGGAAUCUUUUGUCUUGGUUCUGGCGCCACAAUCGUUCACGGUAUUCAAAAUUUGUGGACUUCACAGCCCCCCGAAAAUAUAACGUAUGCAGCUUUAGUGAUUGGUGGCUCAUUCAUUAUUGAAGGUGCUUCUCUUGCUGUGGCGGUGCAUGCUGUCAGAAAAGGCGCAGCUGCAGAAGGCAUGACAGUGCGAGACUACGUGUGGCGUGGACAUGAUCCGACAUCUGUUGCUGUCAUGACAGAGGAUGGUGCUGCAGUUACUGGUCUCGCAAUUGCUGCUGCAUCGCUAGUUGCUGUGAGGAUGACAGGGAAUCCUAUAUAUGAUCCUAUUGGUUCAAUCAUUGUUGGAAACCUUCUUGGAGUGGUGGCUAUAUUUCUGAUCCAGAGAAAUCGGCAUGCUUUAAUUGGUAGAGCAAUUGAUGAUCAUGAUAUGAAAAGGGUUCUUGAGCUUUUGAAAAACGACCCGGUUGUAGAUUCUGUAUAUGAUUGCAAAAGUGAGGUGAUUGGGCCUGGUUUUUUUAGAUUUAAAGCGGAAAUAGAUUUCAAUGGGGUGACAUUGGUACAGAACUAUCUUAGUCGAACCGGACCUGAAGAAUGGGCUAAAAAGUUUCGCAAUGCUGCAAAGGAGAAGGAUGAUGCAGAAAUGCUUAAGAUCAUGUCAUUCUAUGGUGAAGAGGUGGUUACGGCGCUCGGUAGUGAAGUCGAUAGGCUUGAGAAGGAAAUACAGGAAAUCGUUCCUGGCAUUAGACAUGUUGAUAUUGAGGCCCACAAUCCGAUCAUCCCGCCGCCAUGAAUAGCAGGAAAUCGUUCAAUGGCAUUAUUAUUGUUAUUAUGGUCAUUAUUAUGUAGAUUCGGAUGGCUGAAUUUUGAUCUCCAUGGUGAAAUAAAACACAGAAUGUUGUUAAAGAAAUAGAAAAUUACACUCGCGGUCCUUGUAAUUUUGUUCAUUUGUUUUGAAGAUCUGAUUGCCUUAAUUCAAAAGCUAUCUUUGUUCA